AUGGCGUGCGGCUCGCCCACGCAAAACCAAGAAAACGCUGAAAGAGGCUCGCCCGGCAUGUGCGCUGCACAUCACCGUACAGACCGGGCGCGCAACGACAACAAUGCGCACAUGGGGCCGAUUCCUCUCGGAGGAGACGGUGGAACGCUCACUGCGCAAGAUAGAGAUGAAAUCUAUGCCCGGACAGGAGUAAGUUGCAGUGUGAGAUUCCGACCUCAGUGGCGAGAGAGAUGUUUAAGUCUCUCAGGCCCCUCUGAGUGGUUAACGGAAGCUCGCAGGAUGGCAAAUGAGAGAAUUGCGGCGAACGGCACUGAAGGAGGACGUCGCGUGUCUCCUGAUGAAUUGGCAACAAACCUCGCAGCCCUUCAGCAUUCUACGGAGAGGAGCAACCAGUGGUUCUCGAACCAAAUCGGUGAGUUACACCAUGGGCUCCAACAGCUGAGUGCGAGCAAUGUCCAGCAGCUCAAGGAUUUGCAGCUGCAGCUGGACCAACUGGCUGCUGCAGUGAGGGGUGGUCUGAUAGCUGCCAAUGAAGCCCGCCAGAUUGCCGAGAGAAAGAGCAAAUCAAAAAAAAAACGAAAAAGCAAGUCCCCAAGAGCCAGCCGAGAUGUUACAAAGCCAUCGCAACAAAGGGAGAGGAGCCAUGAACCAGAAAAGAAACUGAAAAGCACUUCCCAUAAACCAAAGAUGGAGAAGGAGGAGGCUGCGGCUUCAUCGAGCGAUGAUGCCACCGAGACACCCAGCGAGACCGAGGAGAAGACAGAGGAGAAGAGUGAGUUGGCCCAGCCCGUGAAGCCAAAUGAGGAGGCUUGCAGCCCAACAUCACGUGCUGACGAUGGCAACAUCACCGAUACUGGCAGUGUGACCAUUGACGACUCUCCGUCGGACGAGGUGCCUACACAGCUGCCCCCAGAAGAGCAAGCCCGAUUGGAGGCAGAUUCUGCAAGCGUGGCCCCAAGCACCCCUAUGGGAAGUGAGAUUGGUGACAACGCAAUGGUCACGGCGGAUGAGUUGGUGGCAGACCGCUGUUGCACAUGCAGGAAACCUGUGGAUGAGCAUAACUCACUAGUGAUAGUACGUUCUGAUUCAAAACGACCUGAAGCCAGACGGUGCCGAUCUUGCCACAAUGUUCGCUCUGCCAUCAACCGUCUUGCUGCAAAACAUGGGAACCUUGUCAAGGACUUCACCAAGGUUGAGGGUCCUAAACUACAAGCCUUUUACGAAGCACAUGGACAUCUUCGAGGGGAAGGUUUACGUGUGAAGGUGGAGGAAGUGUUUCAGGACUGGAAGACAUCAACCACAAGGAUGGAGUUUGAGCAGGAGGGUGAGUUUUUGGAAGAGGAGGACCUACGCAAGAAAUAUCAUGAUCGCCCUGAGACCCUGCGCAACAUCCUUCAGAACGCUAGGACUUUUUUUUGCCCAGUGAAAAAGCUGACCCUGUAUGCGGACCCCAAGUACAAGGCACGUGUGUCAGAUUCAGUAGAAUAUGGGACUACUGAAAAGAUGAAGGGCCAACAAGGAUUGGAGGAUGCUACAGAGCCUGAGUCCAAGCGACCCAGAAAGACCAAGGGAGGAAAGGCUGGAGCUGAUGAAAAGGAGAAAAAAUGGACAGCUUCGGUCAAGAACAAGGUUACGAAGAAGAUCGACCAGUUGACGGCCAAGGGUUUGCAGCUCAAGGAUUUGGUGUCUAAGGCGGGCACCUUUGGAAGUAUGAUCCCAGCUUAUGUUUUGGAACAUGCGGAAAAGACAGUACAGGAUACUGAGAAAGAGCUGAACUCAGCACAGAAUGCGUUGCAGCAGGCAACAGGAGAUGCUAAAGCCUUGCAGGAUGCUUUGGAUGAAAUCACGGAGAAAGUGAAGGAGGCUGCUGGAAGGGUGAAGUCCCAGUUGGACCAGGCGGCUGCUUUCAAGUGA